AUGCGACGGUAUAUCAUUGUAUACUGUACUGUAUAUCUGUUACUGAAUGUCGCACUCUUGAAAUCGUCGACGGCAUGCCAUGCACAACCGACCCCUUUUCCAUUAACUUCGUUGUCGAAAUACCCUGCCGUAAUGCGGACGGUCGGCAAUCUCGACUCGAAAGGAGUUAUACAACGCCGUGACAACGACAAAGACGACGACGACGACGACAAAGGGAAGAAGAAGGAUAAGGACGAUAAAUCCCAUAAUGAGAAAAGUAGCACCAAAAGCAGCAAAGACGAUAAAGCAGAAACUACCGUGUAUAGCGGUGCCACGACCAUUCUAAUUAUGCCUAGUUCUGAUCCUAAUCAAGUCUAUAACGAUAAUGAACCUUAUGCUCGGCAGAAAGAACACAGCAGCAGCAAUGACAAAUCGGUAUCUGAUCCAAAUAAAAAGGACGACAAUGACAACGACGAUGGCACCAUUGCUGAACAGUUGCAAGAGGAUCAGGCCGCUCUCAAACGAAUGAUCAUGAUCUUGUCCCUUGUAGGAGGGUUGGCCGUCGUUGCUGCCGUGGCUACGGUGGUAGUUAUCUCGCGAAUACGAUCACGGAAACGAAAAGAACAAAAGAGCGAACAAGAUGACGAUGGAGAUGAAGAUGGCGACGACGACGUUGACGACGACGAUACAAGUACGCAUCCGGACACGCCGGAGCAUGAAACAAGAUCAGAUCCCGAAAUUCAUGCUAUUUCCCACAACCCAAUAUUCACACUACAACCUUCGGCCCCUCCAGCUUUGGAAAUCACCCAUCACAAUAUGCAAAAUCACGAUCGUCACAUCAUAUCAAUGACGAUGCAAACCGCGCCAACCAUGCCUUCAGCGCCGACUGCAAAAGACCUCGAAGACAGUUGUGACCAUUUUAUCGGCACUGGAUCGAGCAGUGCGUCUGCAGAUCCACACACUGGUUGCUCCCAUUGUCAUCAUCUUGCCGCAAUAUCACCACCUGAAAUCCCUCCACCUGCCUAUACACCCACUGCUCCCCCUGUAUAUGCCCUGUCGAACGAAGAACUGCUGGCGAUGGAAAGUGCGAUCCUUGAUGACCGAUCAACCUCGGCUUUACCUGCUACCAAUUUUCAGUCCGAUCGAUCUCAUUUCACAACACUCCAUACUUAA